CCCUUCCUGACUAAUGCCGACAUGACCGUCUCUAUAUUCGUACGUCCGUGGUUCUUGCUGCUUCGAGCUGCAUUGAAUAACAUAUAAUCUCUACUUAUAUUUGUAAUAUCUGCUAUAAGUAAAUUACUGUGCGAAACAUAGCUGACCAAACGCACGAACGUUAAAAUGGCCACUCUCGCUCGUAAUUUGCGCCCGUAUCUCAGGUACGUUCGCAAUCAGCAAAGAACUUACGCUGAUGCGCCUGUUGUUAGCGAUCAAAUGAAGUUUACUUUCGCUGGAGCUAAUCAGGUAUUUUAUGACCAAGCAGUUAUCAAACAAGUGGACGUACCGUCGUUCUCUGGUUCAUUCGGUAUUUUACCAAAGCACGUUCCUACGUUAGCUGUGCUUAAACCUGGUGUAGUGACAGUAUACGAAGAAGGUGGUGAUACUAAGAAGGUUUUUGUUUCUUCUGGAACAGUUACUAUAAAUGAGGAUAACAGUGUACAGAUUUUAGCAGAGGAAGCGCAUCCUGUAGAUAAUCUUGAUAGUUCAGCAGCCAGAGACAUACUGAGCAAAGCUCAGCAACAACUUUCGUCCGCGUCGUCUGAACAAGACAAAGCUGAAGCAGCCAUUGCCGUCGAAGUCGCAGAAGCUUUAGUACAAGCUGCGCCAUAAGCAUUAUGCAAACAUUGUGUAAAUGUAAAAUCAUUAUCUGUUAUUCGAUCUUAGAGCAUGUAUUCAUCGCAUCUCUGUCACGGUAUUGUAUAAAAGUGCAGUAACAAUAAAAAAGAUAUUACUAAGUUA